GGAGGGGGAGAGGGGGGAGUGGGAGCGGAUGACCCCUUGGCAGCUCCCCGGCGGCGGCGGCGGCUCGGGAGAGAGGGGGGACCGGCGAUGGGGGGCACCCUGGGCUGCCACCGCUCCAUCCCGCGGGACCCCCUGGAGAGCGGUCGGCGCCGCAAGUUCAGCGCGGCCUGUAACUUCAGCAACGUCUCGGUCCGCCCCCCGGAGCGGCUGAACAUCAACGCGGCCACGGAGGAGGAGCUGAUGACCCUGCCCGGGGUGGGCCGGGCCGUGUCCCGCAACAUCGUGGACUACCGGCAGCGCAUCGGCGGCUUCAAGAAGGUGGAGGACCUGGCGCUGGUGAGCGGGGUGGGGGCCGCCAGGCUGGAGCACAUCAAGCCGGAGAUCUGCGUCAGCGGUCGGGGCGGGGGCUCGGCCCAGCACUCUCCCGGCUCUCCGCCGCGGGGCGACCCCGCCGAGGCGGCCCCGCUCGACGUCGCCACGGCCACGGAGACGGCAAACGGCCGACGGGGCCCGAGCCGGACGGCGGCCGACGCCGUCGUCGUGGUCGUCGGCUCCCGCCAGCGGCGCGGCCCGGGCCGGAGCCCGGACGAGCUGCUCGGGGCCUCCUCCGCCUCCGCCUCCGCCGCCGCCUCCGCCUCCGCCGCCGCCGCCGCCGAGCGGUCCCGACCCCCGUCCGCCGCGCACACCAACGGGGGCCUCCACUUCAGCCCCGGGCCCGGGCCCGGGCCCCACCCGAGCCCCACCUCCCUCAGUCUGCACAGCGAGGACCUGGACCUGGACCUGGAUCUGCCCCCCGGCGGCCCCGCGCAGGUCGUGGCGGCGCGGCCCAGCGUGGAGGCGUUCGGCGGCCUGAGGGCCGGGGGGCGGGUGCUGAGGCUCGGCAGCUGGAACCUGCAGCGCUGCUCCGCCGAGAAGGCCAACAACCCCGGAGUCCGAGAGGUCGUGUGCAUGAGCCUCCUGGAGAGCGGCAUCAAACUAUUGGCAGUGCAAGAUAUUACUGACCGAGAAGCUUUGGAAAAGUUCUGUGUGGAAAUGAAUCAGCCGACUCUCCCUAAUGUUCGUAGGUGGAAAGGUCCGAGGGGUUGGUGGAAAUGUGCUGUGUCUGAGAAACCAUCUGGACAGUUUCAUAAGGGUGUGGAGUACGCUGGUUACCUUUGGGACAGCAGCUCAGGGCUCGAGAUGAAAACCACCAUCCUCCUGGAUAACGCACAAACCAAUGGGAAUGGGAAACUCCACCUCUCCAAGCCUUACCUUGCCCGUUUCAAAAUUGGAACAAUUGAAGUAAUGCUGGUCAAUAUUCACAUGAAAGCUGCUGUUGCCCUGGGAGAGAACACAGUGAAACCUCAUCCCGAGGGCCAGAAAACCUCCCUGUUUACAGAUGUGCUGCAAGAUACCCUGAAAGGUGGGAAGGAUAUCAUUAUUUUGGGAGACUUCAGUCUGUCACCAGACUCCUGCGACAUUGAUCUCCUGCGGAAAGAGAAGUUUGUUCACUGUGUUCCAGCAAAUACCUUCACAAACAUUAGCACUAAGAACCCUCAGGGCUCAAAGUCUACAGAUAAUAUCUGGAUCAGUCGCUCACUGAAGAAGAUGUACUCAGGUCAGUGGGCCGUUGUUAGGGAAGGGCUGACUAAUCCGUGGAUUCCUGACAACUGGUCAUGGGGUGGAGUGGCAUCUGAUCACUGUCCUGUCUGGGCAGAGUUCUAUGUGGAAAAAGACUUGAACAGAAAAGGGCCAUUUGGAAAUGGCAAUGGAGUGACUGUUGAACAAACAGAAGGAAGCACAAAGGAUGAACGAUGACGCACAACUCACUAUUCCACACCGUGUUAUUAGACUUUAAUUACGAGCGAGAAUUAUUCAUCAUAUCCUCAAUGAAGCCUGUGAGUGACUGAAUGUGAAAGAACCUAAUCUGCCUUUUAACAAUUAACCUUCGUCUGUGAUUUAGUAUUUACCUUCUGCUGCAAAUGAGUAUUUUUUUAUAUGAAAAUAAAUAAAAGAAUAUACCUAAUAAUAAUUUAGAGGGAGGGGAAAUGAUUUUUUUUUAAAAAUGGAUGAAAAGACACUUUAUGCUAAGUAACUUGGCGAUGGAUAGCAAACUAAUGCAUCCUGUUUAAACGAAAAGUAAUUUUAAAAAAAUGCAACAGAAAGGCAUAAAUAUUCUAUAGCCCCCAAAAAUAUUCUACAAAGUACUGCACUAUUUUUGUUUGUUACCACUAACCUAUACCUAGCUAGAGCACAGAAACUCCUGGCAAACGGUAUUGGUCUGCUGAAGUGAAAGGUUGGACCUGUGUAACUAGCAAGCUGGAAUAGCCGUGAUGGGGAAGAUCGUUUUACUCUGUAAUUUUGUUUUGUUUGCACAGAACCGUAGUUGCCAAGUCUGGCAUAGCAAUAUCAUAAAUUGAAUAUUGGAUUUUAUUUGUACUGAACUUGAUGGUACUACAAAAUAUAUAUAUAUUAUAAAACAAGAAUGGCUACAGGAAGAUUGCACAUGUUCCCUGUAGGCAGUGUGCUAUUGAUGCUGAUGUGGGUGCUACAUUUUGCUUACAUGGUGGGAAGUAAAGGGAAGAUUCUGAGUUACAAGACCCCUCUGAUGGUGAAGCUGGCCUGUUGGCAGACAGUGAGAGUCCACAGACACUUGAGGGCUGACUGUCUACCGAGCCUGUGACUUGAGCACCAAAAUGGUACCUUCUAUGACUGUUACUACAAAUAUAACUGUAAUAUGAACUGUGUGACUCUAAAUUGCACAUUGAAAUGAGCUAAUAAAUGUUGACAGCAAAUGGGA